CCCUCCCUCGUGCGAGCCGGGGACCGGCCCCUCUCCGGGCGCGGGGCGCAGAGCCCGGGCGGCGGACUGCGGGGCCCGCGCGGGCCGCCCCAGCACCAAUGCGCCGGGCGGGGCGCUGGCGGCCGAGAAGGCAUUGAGCAACCGGGCAGCGGGCGGAGCGCGGGGCCGACGGCAACGCGGGACCCAAUAGCCGCGCCGUCGCCCCUCCGGGCUGCCCCGCCACGGCCGCUGCGCCAGGUCUGUCUUGAGGGUGGUUCUCUGCUGGCGUGAGAAGACUUCUCAUGUGACCCUCUGAGGUGGCUUCAAGCAGGACAGGACCUCCCUUUGGACCGAUGGAGAACCUGGCUCCAUUCCCCCUCAGAUCCCAGCUGAGGUUAUGGUGGAUCUGGCCUGCAGCCUGGGCCUGGGUCCCCUGCCACUGACCCAGCCUCAGAGCCUAUAGCAAGAGACCACCCCUCCUGCAAGGGGCCCGGGGCUGGCCAGUGACUAUGCGGCUUGGGCUGUGUGUGGUGGCCCUGGUUCUGAGCUGGACACACCUCGCUGUGGGCAGCCGGGGGAUCAAGGGCAAGAGACAGAGGCGGAUCAGUGCUGAGGGGAGCCAAUCUUGUGCCAAGGGCUGUGAGCUCUGUUCAGAAGUCAACGGUUGCCUCAAAUGCUCGCCCAAGCUCUUCAUUCUGCUGGAGAGGAACGACAUCCGCCAGGUGGGCGUCUGCCUGCCGUCCUGCCCGCCUGGAUACUUUGAUGCCCGCAACCCCGACAUGAACAAAUGCAUCAAAUGCAAGAUUGAGCACUGUGAGGCCUGCUUCAGCCACAACUUCUGCACCAAGUGUCAGGAGGGCUUGUACUUACACAAGGGCCGCUGCUAUCCAGCCUGUCCCGAGGGUUCCACAGCAGCCAACAGCACCAUGGAGUGCGGCAGUCCUGCACAAUGUGAAAUGAGCGAGUGGUCACCGUGGGGCCCCUGCUCCAAGAAGAGGAAGCUGUGUGGUUUCCGGAAGGGAUCGGAAGAGCGGACACGCAGGGUGCUCCAUGCUCCUGGAGGAGACCAAACCAACUGCUCAGACACCAAAGAGACCCGGAAGUGUACCGUGCGCAGGACGCCCUGCCCUGAGGGGCAGAAGAGGAAGAAGGCGAGCCAGGGCCGGAGGGAGAAUGCCAAUAGGCACCCGACCAGGAAGAACAGCAAGGAGCCAGGCUCCAACUCUCGGAGACACAAAGGCCAGCAGCAGCCACAGCCAGGGACAGCAGGGCCACUCACAUCAGUAGGCCCCACCUAGGCACAGUGACCAGUCUCCAGUUACGUGUGGAAGAAUCCAGUGCUGUGAGAACUUUCCAGAACUGGAGCAUCUGGGAAAGAAAGUCCACACAUACCCCAUUCACCCACCCAUCCAUCUAUCCAUGCAUCCAUGCACACAUAUGGCCACAUCUGAAAACUUCCACACACGCGCGCACACACACACACACACACACACACACACACACACACACACACACACACACACACUCUUGAGGUCACAGAAGAUAUUUCCAUUCUGUGGCCCAGCUGUAUAUUCAGCCUAGGAUGCUCUUAGAAGGCGUAACUGAGAGAACCUUUCCCAGCACCUGAAGCUAAACUUCAAUGCGUGGAACCUUCUGGAGGAACUUCUGGGACAGCAUCUGCCAGAUGGACGGCAGAUUGGAACCAAAACUGGAGCAGCUGCCGAGGGGAAGAAUGCUCUCCCUGUCCUGAGAGGCACUCCCAGCUUCGAGACUUGAUUGUUGGAGAAUCAUUACACAUCCGGGGUGCACGUCACGGCUGACCUGACUUGGAAACUGCGUAAAGGUUUAUUUCAAAUUAAAAAGAGAGAAACAAA